AUGCUUAGUGCAAACGAAAGCCUAGUUGCAACAGCAUCCCUUGGUGUUAACGCCACCAACAUGGAUACUAGAACUAUGAUUAUAUCUGGGGUGGCAUGGCUACUUGUCGGGGCCUGCAUAAGGGUCAUCAACGAGCUCGUAUUAGUCUACUCCCAAUACGAUAUUGAAAUGACCCAAAUUGAAAGAGAAGACAGGAGUAGAGUGGAAGGAACUCAGGAAAGGGAUGUGUGGGAGAAGCUACCAAGCCCAUGGCAAGCGGUGAGGGCAUUUGCACUGGCCUCUGCCGUGGGGUCGUUGGUGCCUCUCCUAGCGGUUACAUUCAUUGAGGAUUACAAAUUGAGGUUACUUGUGGUGAUGACGAUGGCAAGCAUAGUGUUGGUUAGUUUUGGCGUGCUAAACGGAAAGUUGGGGAAUGUACCCAUGGUCAAGUCCGCUAUUAGGGCGUUAUCGAACCACACUAAUGUCAUUUGCUUAGUCAAGUUUAAAGCCCGAAUGAUGAUUGUCUCUUCACAUUAA